AUGGAUAAUUCUGGUCACAAAAACGACGAUGACGUGCAUGACCAAAACGAGCAAAAUAAUAAUGAACAGAGUGAGCAAUGUUCGAACCGAAACACAAUUACCGAACACAAAGAUGAUGAGGAGGCUACCACUUCAAAAAGAAUACCGUUCGAUGGUAAUCCUGAGGCGAAAUGUGAUAAUAUGAAUGAUUUACAAGCCAUUGACAUAAAUUCUGCAGACACAGUAAGGCAAGCAAUGAAAGCGGUUCUUAGAGGUAAAGUUCCACCGGCAUAUUCACCUGAGUUUAGGCAAGCCCGAGUAAGCCCAGAACAUCGCAGCAAGUUUUUGCCUGUUGGCCACUAUAUACCAACGUUACAUUUAAGAAGUGAGCCACGCACACGCCCUUAUGUAUUGAAGAGAAAACAAAGGAAAGUUAUUCGUAAACAAGGCGCAUUAAAGAUUAGAGACAAGAGGCGUAAGCAGCCACUCUCCUCUCCCAAAACUAGAAAGCAGACCGUUUCGUCCAUGUACGUUGGGAAAUUAUCGAACGUGGUGCCUUUUAGGCGCCGUCGGCACCCUGACAGUGAUUCUGAUAUGGAUUCUGUUAUUUUAUUUUAA